AUGCCCGCCCUCAUCUCCUCCCUCGCCCUGCGCACCCUCCGGACGCUCGUCCAGCGUCCCGCCACCACUACCACCCCCUUCCGCACCAUCAAGACUGCUGCUGCUGUUCCCCGAUUCACCCCCAUCCUCCGCACACCCACCGCUCUCGCAGCCCUCACCACCAGAACCUCCACCACCUCGACCUCUCAAAUCGCCCUCCUCGCCGCGCGCCGCUCCUUCUCCACCUCCCCGCUCCGCCACGCGACCUACAAUCAAGUCCGCCGCGGCUGCCGCGUGGCGCAGAAGGCCCGGCGCUCGCGGUCGCCGGCCGUGACCGGCCGCGCGCAGAUGAAGGGCGUCUGCCUGAAGACCGGUAUCACGAAGCCCAAGAAGCCCAACUCCGGGGAGCGGAAGACGGCCCGUGUGCGGUUGAGCAGCGGGAAGGUGGUCACGGCGUAUAUUCCCGGUGAAGGUCACAAUAUCCAGCAGCACAGUGUCGUCAUGGUCAGAGGUGGCAGAGCCCCCGAUUGUCCCGGUGUGAAGUACCACCUGGUUCGUGGUGCUAUGGAUCUGGGUGGUGUCCCCAACCGCUUGACGGCCAGAUCUAAGUAUGGUACGAAGAAGCCUAAGACGGACUAA